GAUCUCAUUCAGGCAGAAGUAUUGCUUGCGUUCCRUCCGCUUAACAAAAUCAUGAAAGGCUCUGCAGUUUUCACGUCGUGCGUUUUGCUGGGUAUGGUCGCGUGGUCGCAGUGUUUGCCGUACGGCGAAUACCAACAGCAGGCCCAGUCGUUCGGCGGAAACGGCUACCCACAUCGGCAACAACCCGCGGCGCAGCUGUACAACCAUCAGCCACAGGCGCAGGAGGAACACGAACCGGUGAGCUAUUCGUUCCACUACGACGUGCACGACCCGCACACGGGAGACGUGAAGAGCCAGCACGAGACGAGGACCGGCGACGUGGUGACCGGGUUCUACACGCUGGUGGAACCGGACGGCACCAUCAGGACGGUGAAGUACACGGCGGACAAGCACCACGGGUUCAACGCCGUGGUGGACCACAAGAAACCGAACUUUGAUGUCGGUCCGUUCAACUAUCACCACUACCACCAACAUCAACAACAACAACAACAACCACGACAACAACAUCACUAUAAUUGACGACAUCCUAUUAAUGACACGUGAGCGCAUUCGCAAAGUGACGACUAUACCUAUAGGCGGUGAUUGCGUGCAGUAUCUAAGGGCAAGGUAUAUAUAUUUCCGACGAUAUUAUAAUAUGGUGCUMAAAAAAACAAACAAAAUGCUUAUCACUUUGACCGUACCUUAUAUUAAAAACAAUUUAUUUAAUUCUAAGACUUACAUCAAUACAUUAUAUUACGCAUAUUUAUGUGAUUAAAAAACCCUAAUACUUUUUAAUAUAAAAUAAUARUUCAAAAUUAUGCAUGGUACAAAAAUAAAACGAUCAGAGCUAUAAUAGGUAUGAUUCUUCCCAUCCGCAACUAGAYCCCCUUAAAUAAGUAAACGGAUAAAUUAUUUGUUUCUAACCGCAUCCUAUUAUGAAUAGCGUUCUCGUAACAAAUAUACCUAACUCUCCCUUCCCAUUAUCUUCAUCGCCUGUAUAAUAUAUAAUAUAAAUAUAGGUUUGUAUGAUAUUUUAUG